CACUCAAAUAAUUGGUGAUUUACCUAUCAAGUAAUCAAUCCAAAAAUCAUUUCUAUUCAUUUUGAGAUCAUUUUCAUGCCUAAAAAAGUCCUCCAAAUAUACAAUUUAAUAUUGAAGUCCACACUAAUGACAUAAAGGAAUCAACUGUCUUGAUCACUUCACCUUAACACUAUCUCAUCAAGAUUCAAGAAUCAGUUUACCAACUUCCAAGAAACUAAAAUCAAAUGUACAAGUUUGCAAUUUACAGUUUCAUAGCACUAGCCACUUUAACCUUUCUUUUCUUCACAUCCCCACCAAAAUCUUACUAUCACUCUUUGUUCAUAUCUGAUACUUUUUCUGAUAAUUCAUCUAUAGCAAAUCAUCUUUACACCUUAACUAAGAGACCCCAUGUUGCUGGUUCUCAAGCUAAUGCUGAAGCAGCUACUUAUCUUUUAUCAAUUUUCACUUCUUGUAACAUACCAUCACAUGUAACAUCUUAUGAUGUUGCCUUAACUUAUCCUGUCUCAAGGUCUUUAAUUCUAACACCUUCAACUUCAGAAAAACCAAUUAAGUUUGGUCUUUCUCAAGAAAUUUAUGAUGAUGAUCCAUAUGCAGAUGUGGCAAAUGAAGUAUUACCUACCUUCCAUGCUUAUGCAAGAUCAGGUACUGCGACUGGUCCAGUGGUAUAUGCAAAUUAUGGGCGCGUAGAGGACUAUGCAACAUUGAGAGAAAUGGGAGUUAAUGUAUCAAAUACUGUUGUAUUGGCAAGAUAUGGGGAGAUAUUCAGGGGAGACAUUGUACAUAAUGCUUAUGCUGCUGGUGCAAUAGGUGUUUUAACUUUUACAGAUAAAAAGGACUAUGGCGGCGGAAAAUGGUUUCCGGACGAUAAGUGGAUGCCACCGAGUGGAGUUCAAGUUGGAUUAGUGUAUGAUGGAACUGGUGAUCCUACAACACCAGGGUGGCCUAGUACUGGAGAAUGUGAAAGAUUGUCAAAUGAGGAAGUAGAUAAUGAAGGGAAUGUACCAUUGAUACCUUCAUUGCCAAUUUCUUGGGCUGAUGGAGAUGCAAUUAUAAGGACUAUAGGUGGAAAAAUAGCCAAUGUGGAUUGGCAAGGAGGAAAAGAUAGCCACAUUUAUAGAGUUGGGCCAGGACCUGCAAUAGCAAAUCUCAGUUAUGAAGGACAACAAGUCAUAAGCACAAUCCAAAAUGUUAUUGGAGUUAUAGAAGGGAAAGAAGAACCUGAUCGGUUUGUUAUACUAGGUAAUCAUCGCGAUGCGUGGACAUUUGGAGCUGUUGAUCCGAAUAGUGGCACAGCGGCCCUACUUGAGAUUGCUCAAAGGCUCGAAAAGUUGCAAAAAAUAGGGUGGAGACCGCGAAGAACAAUUGUCUUAUGCAACUGGGACGCUGAGGAGUAUGGCUUGAUAGGUUCAACUGAGUGGGUUGAAGAAAAUAGGGAAAUGCUAGCUGCAAGGGCUGUCGCCUACUUGAACGUUGAUUGUGCAGUUCAAGGGGGGCCUUUUCGAGCCUCUGCAACUCCUCAACUUGAUGAAAUAAUCAUGCAAGCUGCUCAGCAGGUCCAAGAUCCUGAUAACUCCUCACAAACUAUCUACCAAUCCUGGCUCGCCUCUGGAAACAAUACAACAAUAAAGCUCGGGAGAUUAGGAGGAGCUGGAUCAGAUUACGCGGCAUUUGUUCAACACAUUGGCACUCCAGCGCUAGACCUGUCUUUUGGGCAAGGUUUCCCAGUCUACCACUCGAUGUAUGAUGAUUUUGUCUGGAUGAAGAAAUUUGGAGACCCGAUGUUUCAUAGGCAUGUAGCAGUGGCAAGCAUUUGGGGUUUAGUAGCUCUUCGGCUUGCAGAUGACGAAGUUUUACCUUUUAAUUACCAAUCCUACGCGUCUGAGCUCCAGAAAAGUGCAGAAUACUUGGAAGCCGAAAUUACGGAGAAGGGAAUUUCAAUUGUUCCCUUGUAUGCUUCUAUUGAAAAACUGAAAAAAGCAGCCACAAGUAUUAAGGAUGACAUAAAGGCACUCAAAGCAAAAAGAAGUCGGGCAUCGGUAAGAGAGUUGAACGACAGACUAAUAAUGACAGAACGAGCUUUCACAGAAAGAGACGGGCUUUCCUCAAGGACAUGGUACAAACAUUUGAUUUACGCACCAGCAAGGCACAAUGAUUAUGGAUCUAACUCGUUCCCUGGCGUAUCUGAUGCUAUCGAGAGAGCCCAGAGCCUGAAUUCUGCUGACUCGUGGCGUUCUGUGCAACAUGAAGUUUGGCGGGUUGCUCGAGCCAUCACACAAGCAUCACUAGUCCUCAGUGGUCGACUAACAUGAAUCUUUGUAGUAUCAUUUACAAUGUUGUUAUGUUAAAAAGAAUGAAGCAAGUAGUUGUAUAUAUGGUUCCACAGGCUUGGUUCUAACAAAGUUGUGAAAUUUUGCUAAAGAUCAAACAUGAUAAAUCUUUUCUAUGGUAGAUGUUUUCAGUGUGAAAAUGCUUACCCUGAGAAAGUAUUUUCUAGUGCUUCAUCUGUUAUAAAACUAGGUGACUGGUGGUACUAGUUUCUUAUU